AUGGGCCUUAUUAUACUGGCACUCGCUCUAUUCACGAGUCUGUCAGAGACGACUGCGUCACCAUUGAGCAUCCGAUCACCCUAUGCAGUGAAAGACAGUCAUCCUAUACCUUUGGGGUGGGAAAAAGUAAGGCGAGCACCGGCUCAGGACAGGAUUCAUCUGCAAAUUGGGUUGAACCAUGGCCGAUUUGAUGAACUUGAAAAACACCUCUAUCAAGCGGAAAUCGACGAAUUUGUCAAACCCGCUAAAGAGACGACUGACCAAGUGCGGGAGUGGCUGUUGGACUUUGGCAUCCACGAAUUGAGAUACAGCCCGGCACAAGACUGGAUAAAUGUUCAAAUCCCGGUUUACCUUGCAGAGAGUCUGCUCGAUACUCAAUAUCACAUAUAUCGUCAUGCAGAAGAUGGAUCAACAGUGCUUCGAUCUGCACAAUGGUCUCUCCCAAAACAUUUACACGUCCACAUUAAUGCCGUGCAUCCAACAAAUGCCUUCCUUCGCACCAGACAACAAUCAAAACGUGUUAUGGCACGUUCUCUGGUGUCGCCCACAGAUCUUGAGGGUGAUGGCUUGCCCACCUAUAAAGAACUGGAAAAGAUUGAUCGGACGCAGAUGGGUCACAUGGAAAUUCCAAACAUCAAAGACAUGCCAUCAAAUCCCUCUACAUUGCAGGCAUGCAACCGACUUGCGACUUCGCCACUUUGUCUCCGUACAUUGUAUGGCACACUUGACUACACUCCACAGUUGACCGGGAAUAACCACAUUGGAAUAGUCAACUAUCUUGACCAGGUUAACAACCAAUCCGACAUUGAGAUAUUCCUGGGAAAAUACCGAUCUGAUGCGGUGGGAGCAGCUUACCAAAUCAACACAGUGUUGAUAGCAAAUGGAUCAAAUCAACAGGCCCCAGUCACACAGGACCAAGUAGCACAAAUGGGUACAAUUGGUCUAGAGGGGAAUCUGAACGCCGAAACAGUCAUUGGUCUUGCAUAUCCAAUUCCUUUAACAACAUACAACGUCGGUGGGAAGGCACCUUUCCAAAAUAGCAAAUUUACAACUCAUAACCAGAAUGAGCCGUAUCUCGAGUGGCUACAAUACGUGCUAGCACAGCCUGAUUUACCACAAGUUAUAACAACAUCGUACGCGGACGAGGAGCAAACGGUGCCAUACUGGUACGCCAGACGCGUCUGUCAAGGCUUUGCUCAGCUGGGGGCUCGCGGCGUAUCAGUUCUCUUCGCCAGCGGUGAUGAGGGCGUUGGAGCAGAUGAAAUGUGCUUUAGCAAUGACAACUCUAGCAAACCUAUGUUCCUGCCCACUUUUCCGGCAUCCUGUCCUUAUGUUACCGCCGUUGGUGCAACGCGGGGUCUGGGUCCGGAAAUUGCAGGAUUUGACGCUCGGACGGAUUUUAUUGGGGGUGGUGGGUUCAGCAACUAUUUCCCACGCCCGGCAUAUCAGAAAGAGGCCGUCGAUGGAUAUCUGGCUGGUCUGGGUGACAUGCACGGUGGACUUUACAACAGGAACGGACGAGGGUAUCCCGAUAUUGCAGUGAGGGGCUAUCAUUAUAUAACAGUAUGGAAUGGUACUUCGCGUAUCAUAGACGGCACGAGCGCCUCCUCUCCAGCCGCAGCCGCUAUUUUCUCACUGAUCAACGACGCGUUAUUAGCGGAAGGGAAGCCUGUACUUGGUUGGCUCAAUCCAUGGCUCUAUUCAGGAGGGUUCAAAGGAUUAACUGAUGUGAGAGCGGGCUCAAAUCCGGGUUGUAAUACUGCCGGUUUCCCCGCGAAAGAAGGUUGGGAUGCGGCGACGGGUUUGGGCACGCCUGGUGAGCUGAUAAAGUACCAGUGGUUCCCGAUGUUAAAGUCAUUAGCUUUGGACCGUCAGUACAGAGAAACAAGACCUUGGUACAUGAGGCCAUUCGACAAGUAG